AGGAGGAAGAGACCAGCGAUGAGGACAAGGAAAAGGCCAAGGUGCAGACAAGUUUGAGCCGAAAGUGCUUUGAUCCGCGAGUCGAAGAUGGUUUUUCAACGUAUGGAACAUGUAUUCAGACUUAGACAUCUUUAGACUCAUUGAUAACGUUGAUAAAACCCUCCAUGGAACUGGAGUCUAAAGAGUCAUGGAUAGAAAAGAUAGAAAAGCGAUCCAUGGAACGAUCCAUGGAACUGGGUCAUCGCUUUACCAAGUCAUUUCCACCACAGGAACAGUUGGGCGUUUGGGCCUUCGCCCCCUGUUCCCGUCCGCCCAAAAACGUCUCCGAAUCGCCUCAGGAGGUGAUAAGAGACACCUUGGCGAAGUUGGAGUCUGAAGGAAAAGAGGGCAAGAAAGGCAGCAAGACCAGGAAGACUAUCGAGAAGCUGAAAGCCUUGCUGGGUGAGGAGGAUGAGCCCGAGGAAGAAAUCACAGAGGAUCAACAGUCCCACCUGGACUUCGCCAAGGCCCUGCAGGAAGAGCAAAAGCGAAAGAUCCACGUCGACAUGAAGACUGUUAGGAAUGAGUUCAAGAAGGACUUUGGCAGCGACUCCCGGGCCUUGCUUUGCAGUGGCUGCAAGAUGGUGGCAGGACGUUUGAGCAGCGAGUUAGACACUCACGAUGUGCACGAGCAGGAGAGCCCUGCGCAGAUGCUGGCCGCCAAAAGAAGGGCCAUUGACUCCACCUGUAGCAGCUUGCGGCACCUACAGGCCGUGAAGGAGGACGAGUCGGGCAGCGCCCGCUUCGAAGCCAGCGAGGUCAUUGGUGAGGGUGAGCGUGAGGGCAAGCGUCUUUGUGCUGCGAUUUUGGAGGAGUCGCGCUUUGAUAUCCUGGCGAGGCUGAUCCAGCGAAAGAUCCCUGAAAUGCAGCACUUGGCUGGCGAGAGGCAUCAUCCCAACUGGGAGCGCUGGCUGUGUGCGGAGCGGAUGCGUUUGUGCAAGAGAAGUGAAGUGAGACACGAUGAGGAUGAUGAGAUCGAUCAGGAUUUGUGACAGAAAACAGUCAGCCGGAUGAACAUGGAUGA